AUGGAAGAGACUAUUUUGGAUGAUGAACUUGAAUCAAAUAUUAACCUUUCUGAAGAGCCACAAAUUAAUAUUGUUGCAGAAGAGAAUAUUGAGCCUUAUGUAGGAAUGGAAUUUGAUUCAUUGGAAAAAGCUACAGAUUUUUACAGAUUAUUUUCUAAAGCAAAAGGAUUUGGAAUUCGUACUCGAUCAAGUAAGCCAAAUUAUUGCAUUUUAGUAUGUGUUAGGGAGGGUAAACUACCGGUGAAAAGUACGAAUGAUAAUAACGUGGAAGUGAAGAAAAAAUGUUCAACCAUGCGCAUGGGAUGUCAAGCAUCACUUACUAUAUCAAAAGAAAAUAAUAGCCACAUGUGGACUGUAAAAUCAUACGACAAUAAUCACAAUCAUGCCAUGGCUAGUCCCAAAAGUGUAUCUUAUUUGAGGUGUCAUAAAAAUAUGAAUAAUGCUGCAAAAAAUCUUAUUGAGAAGUUUAGUGAAGAAGGUUUGCCUACUGGAAAGGUUGCUUCAAUGUUUAAGGAAAGUGAUUUAGCUUUUUCUAAUAGAGACUGUUGGAAUCACAUGAGAAAUGUUCGAACGAAUAAUUUGGAUAUCGGAGAUGCACAAGCAGUUUUUAAUUAUUGCAAGCACAAGCAAGCUCAAAAUUCUAAUUUUUUCUAUGCAAUACAGUGUGACGAUGAAGCUAGAAUGGUAAAAAAAUUUUGGAUUGAUGCCAGAUCAAGGUUAGCUUAUCAACAUUUUGGAGACGUUGUUACCUUUGACACUACUUAUAAAACCAACAAAUAUAGUAUGCCAUUUGCCCCAUUUACUGGGGUAAACCAUCAUCUCCAAUCAAUUUUAUUUGGCUGUGCAUUAUUACAAGAUGAAUCAGAAAUAUCUUUUACAUGGUUAUUUGAAACUUGGCUUGAAGCAAUGAAUGGAAAAAAACCUAUAUCAAUAAUAACUGAUCAAGACUUAGCUAUUGGAGCUGCAGUGACUAAGGUAUUUCCACAAACCCGUCAUCGUUUAUGUUUGUGGCACAUAAGAAAGAAGUUUCCAGAAAAGCUUGCACAUAUAUAUCACAAAAAAUCAAAGUUUAAGCAUGAGCUAAAGAGAUGCAUUCGAGAAUCACCAACUGUAAAUGAUUUUGAAGUUGAUUGGCAACAAAUAAUGGAUACCUACAAUUUACAAGAAAAUGAAUGGCUUCAGCGGUUGUUUGAAAUUCGAGAGUCAUGGAUACCCGUUUAUAACAGAAAAACUUUUUUUGCCGGUAUGAAUACUACACAAAGAAGUGAGAGCAUCAAUUCUUUUUUUGACUCUUUUGUUAAUUCAACCACAACACUACAAGAAUUUGUGGUAAAAUUUGAAAAGGCAGUUAAUAAUCGUUAUGAAGCUGAAAAGAGAGAGGACUUUGAGUCUAAACAUAAAUCACGCAUUUUGAGUAUCAAAUCGAAAAUAGAGGAGCAUGCGGCAUCGAUUUAUACAAGAAAUAUGUUUGGAAAAUUUCAACAUGAGCUUGCACUUGUUAGCCAAUUUACAAAGCACAAGAUUGAGAAAAAUGGCUCACAAUAUAGGUAUCAAAUAUCCAAUUGUUUUAAAGAUCGAGACAAAUUCAUCGUUGAUAUAAAUUUAGAAUCAAAGGAUGCUACUUGUACUUGUCAGCUUUUUGAAUUUAUGAGAAUAUUAUGCAGCCACAUUUUGACAAUUUUUCAAACUAAAAAUAUACUUCAAAUUUAA